ACGCAUGACCAAUCUCCGUUGAGGCUCAAAUGUUCAAACAAGCAGGCCACUAGUCAAUGAUUUAAUGGUUAACGAUAAGUCCACACUAAAUAAUCAUAACUCUAAACUUUGAUUAUCAUUUCUCUAAUUAAACAUUUUCCUUUUUUGUUGGCUAAAACUUCCUCAAACACACUUCCAAACCGAAAAGCCCAAACCAAACAGCCACUCUGUCACGGCGUCUCAGUCCACUUUAUCAAAACAGCAGUCAGCAGCAGAAAACACAAAUCCACCCUUCUCUGCUCUUCUUCUUCUGACUAUUGUUUCAGAAGAUGAAUCCCAACCCAAACCAUUUCCCCAUUCUCUGCUACCUCUUAAACCAAUUAGAUCCUCACACCUAUUCACCCCUACCCUCUGAACUCCACCAAUCUCUUCUCACCCAUUUUCCUCAUUUGAACCACCCCGAAGUCUUACCCUCACUCAACCAUCAUGUCUCCGACCUUAACAUCACCCACACCCUUUCCCUUCUUCGCACCUUGGGUCCUCGCCCGGACCCUUCUGCAGUUGCUGCUUCACGUGCCAAGAUUGCCCAACCCCACGUGCCGGAUAACGACUCGCACGUGUAUCAGGCUCUCUUGAGGGUAGAGGAGAUGCACGAGAACUGUGCCAAGCAGCUUAGGGUUGCUGAAGAGAGGCUGGUCCAGGUUUAUCAAUCGUGCGUGGCGCAAUCGGUUGAUGAGAACGUGAAUGAACAAGUCGUUGGGAUUUUGAGGAAAGCAGAGAGUGAGGAAGUUGAAAGGGUUGAUCUUUCUGGGUCCCACUUAAGGAUUCUUCCUGAAGCUUUUGGAAAGAUUCAUGGGCUCGUUGUGCUUAAUUUGUCUCGCAAUCAGUUAGAGGCGAUUCCUGAUUCAAUAGCUAGACUACAAAAGCUUGUGGAGCUAGAUGUGUCGUCUAAUGUUCUAGAGUCCCUACCAGACUCCAUUGGGUUGCUUAUUAAUUUGAAGAUCCUUAAUCUGUCUGGGAAUAAGCUAACUGCUCUUCCUGAAUCCAUUGCUCUUUGCAGGUCACUAGUUGAACUGGAUGCAAGCUUUAACAACUUAAUGUGUCUGCCAACAAACAUGGGUUAUGGACUAGUUAACCUUGAGAAGCUCUUGAUCCAUUUGAAUAAGAUACGAUUUCUUCCCUCUUCCAUUGGAGAAAUGAAAUCUCUCAGACAUCUUGAUGUUCACUUCAAUGAGCUUCAUGGCCUACCUCAAUCUAUUGGAAAGCUCACAAAUAUGGAAUAUCUGAACGUUAGCAGUAAUUUCAGUGAUAUGACAGAGCUGCCCGAAACACUUGGUGAUUUGGUUAACUUGAGUGAGCUUGACCUCGGCAAUAAUCAGAUCCGAGCUCUUCCUUACACAUUCAGUAGGCUUGAAAAAAUAACAAAGCUCAACCUGGACCAGAAUCCAAUCAUAGUUCCCCCCUUAGAGGUUGUAAAUCAAGGGGUUGAGGCUGUGAAGGAGUUCAUGGCGAAGUGGUGGCUUGACCUCAUUGAAGAACAGCAGCAGAAAAGCAUGGCUGAAGCAAAAACUCAGCAAGCACAGACAGGAUGGCUGGCAUGGGGAUCCUCAUUGUUAAAUAAUGUUGCUGGAGUUUCUGAAAGUGUUGCAGAAUAUUUUGGUGCUAGAAAAGCUCCCAGAGACCCAUGGUUGGAUCAACAGCUGUGAUACAAGUAUAUUUGGACUCUGCAUACAUACUGUGUUCAUAAUUUUGUUGGAUGUAUAGUUUGAGACUGAUUUUUCAAUCGUAUAAACAUUGUGAUAAAUGCUCGUUGUUAACACAAGUUGCAUAAGAUAUGAAGGUUGUUUUUCAUUUUAAGGUGAAAAGCACUUUAUCCUCUAAAUUUGUACACUAGUUGCACUUUUCUCAAAUAUUAUAUCAAGCUUAAUAUCUUUAAUUUAUUGUAAUUUCUCUUUCGAUUCGUUCUAAAAAUUAUUUUUAAGUGUUGAACUUUUUGCUAAAAAAAUGUUUUUAAUAGACUAUAAAACACCCAUUAGUGCUUGCAAGUGCAAUUAAAUACCCUGCAAGCAAAUAACAAGUUGAGAAUGGCAGUUAAUUGUACACAAUGCCAUGGUUGGUUUUGAAUGCAGAAUACAUUUUCUCCAGUGUCACACCCAUUGUUCAUUUGGUUGUGUUAGACCACAUGAUACGAAAAAGACCUCCUCCACACACAAAAAGAAGAGAGUACAAUGAAAUCAGCGGAAGAAAAGAAAUAGGAAAAUAU